UGUGUCUUCGUAUUUUAUAGCAGCCAAUCCAAACAUAUCAAAAGCGCAAAAGUUACUAUAUAUGGGACGGCACAAAGUCGGCGCGUAUGCUUUCGUCGUACGUAUGUAUUUAGCUGGUUAAAUAGCAUCGCGAAAUUGCAAAAUUGAAAGUGCUGCCAGCGUUAAAAGAGAGAGAGACAGCUCGGGAAAAGUAAAAGGCGCUGCUGGGCUUCUGUGAUUCGUGUUUGAAAAGUUGCUCUGGACGGGGGGCUCUGCUCUGGAAAGGGGGAGCCUGCAUCUGUGUGGGUUCCGCAGUGCGUGCUGGAGUGACAGUUACCGCUUGACACCGUCCGGGGUGGUGCAUAGGUGCCUAGAAGCGCCCUCGGUUUCAAGAGAUCGUACCUGAUAUGGAUGACUCGGAAUUCAUGUUCAACGAGAAGCAAUCAAUACGCGACUCCUCGCGCACCCUCAAGCGCUAUGGGAGCACCUGCUGCAACAGCAUGAGGAACAACGAGACGCUAAUAAGGCACAUCGUUGAGAAGACGGACACACUGCAGGGUAUUGCUCUGAAAUAUGGCUGCUCGACGGAACAAAUACGCCGCGCCAACCGGCUCUUUGCCUCGGACAGCCUGUUCUUGCGUCAAUUCCUGCUGGUGCCCGUGGAAAAGAACUCGCCCUACUACCCACAGGUGGGCGGCGGUGAUCCAAUCGCUGCCUUUGAUGUCCUGGCCACACCUCCGGGCACACCCGAUGUGAAUGUGCAGCGCGAGGCGCAGCAGAGUGCCAAUAGCAUGGUGCAGACAAACAGCUACAUGAACAGCAGCAGCAGUAGCAGUGGCAGCAGCGGCAGCAGUGGCAGUAGCAGCAAUGGCGGCAGUAGCAGCAGCUGCAACACAAGUGGCUCUGCCGCGAGCGUGCGCUCUAACACACAGCAACAGCCUCAACGUCCAUACUCGAUUGCGGGCGAGCUGCUUGUGCAGGCCAGCGAUGAGGAUCCGGCCAUGAUGCACAAUCACAGUGCGUGCGGCAGCAAGCAGAGCAAGUCGCUGGACUCGGUGGCAGCCAUGACGCCCGAGGAGGAGAAUCGCAAGUGCAUGAAUGACUUCCUCAAUAAGAUAGACAACACCAUUUCCGAGUCGCGCAAAUAUGUGGAGCGUUCCAAGGAUCUGGUCAGCAGUCAGAGUGAUGCAGAUAUCUGCAUCAGCGCCAGUGCAGACGUGUUUCCACAACGCCGCAAUCCGCUGAACAACUCCUACAAGAACAACAAUGAACGUCCGCCCCAGUACCAGCGCCACAGUUCGACGGGCAGCGGGAACUCGGACACGGCGCAGCUGUUGAACACAACGCAAACGCGUCGCGUGCAAAACUCGCUGAAGCGUCUCGAGAAGCAGCAGGAUGACUUCUUUGAGUUGUAGCAGCAGCAACAGCAG